CCUUGCACUGUGUAUCAGCAAAACCUCUCCCGAUUCAGAUGAACUAUCUUACACAUCCUCUUUCUCUAAGUCUCUUUCAUCCCAUCAUGUAAUAUUUUCACUUUUGUUGUGUCCUACCACAUCUGCCCUCCACCCCUCUGGGUCUUUAAAUGAAGUUUCCCUGGAGAAUUUUAUGCCUGACAGUUUUUUGGCAUUUUUUCCAAGAGAUGAAGAAAAGCAGGGACAGUCCAGACAUCCUCUGCAGAUGUCAAAGAACAAAUUCAAAUCUUGCUUUGGGCUUGUUGAAUUUAGUUGACCCUCCCAUGAAGGAUGCAAGGUCAGGUAUGUCCUCCCAGGAAUGUCUGACUGCAGAGAAGGCUGAGACCUGGCUGCACUCACCCUCAGCCACAUGCACCUUCAACCUUUUCCUGUUCCUGUCUACAAAAUAUGCUGUGAAACAUUUGUUCAUAGAAAAAAACUUAGUAUGUGUACAGUGUUUUAAAAGAUUUUGAAACACCCAUUUUGAGCAAGGAAGGCAAACCAGAGACACCAAUGUCUCCACUGACACCCACAAUAAUGGAGCUGCACUUUCUAGGACCUUGUAGCAGGUUCAUUUAAGGUGGAAAGGAGUGUUUCUAAUUACCAUCCAAAAAAUGUGCCUUUUAAAUGCACAGUGUCCCUUUUGAUACUUAAAUCAUUGGGUCAAUUUUAAAAGGCAUUACUCAGUUAAAAUAGCAUUUGGUUAUAAAUAUAAAGGAAUAUUUCUCCUAAGGUAGGUUAAGUAAUCAUCUGGUUGUCAGGCUUUUUCAUCCCUUUUAAUUUUCACUUCUUUUUAAGCACUAAUUAUAGAGUCUUCCCACCAGAUCUGUGCAUAUCUUACCAAAACCUUUAUUUCCCCUUGUACAGAGAGGUGUCACAGAAAACAUGGAGUUCCUGCACUUCUCCCCCUUUCUUUCCACAGCCAUCACCUAUGUGCCUGUGUGUUCCUACCACAUCCUGCCAACAGGAUCUGCUUAGCCUGUGCCACUGUCCUUUCCAUGCUCAGCUACCCCUGUCUGUCUGCAGGAGCUGGCACACUGCAGAAAACCUUCCUAAAGAUUUGGUCUUUCACUCAGAGUGCAUCUGAGAAGAAGACAUCUGAGAUUUCCCCGUGGAAAGGAGCUGCCCACUCCACUGAUGAACAAGGGUAUCCAGGAAAGCCAUACAUGUACCCUGAAAAGGGCAGAUUUGACAUAGAAUUGGUUAUAAAGAGCCGUACGUGGACAGAUGGUAAAGACUGACAGAGCAACUAAAAAGAUAUCGGUGUGGCAACUCUACAAGAAAUGUAACCAGCUUAAUUCUGGAAUGCAUAUAUGAGGUUUUUUCCCACAAUUAUUUCUGUUUACAGGGAGUUUCACAAAGUAGUUUCAAAAAGUCUGUAUCAUUCCUAUAGUUUAAUUGAAGAGUCCACCACCAGCUCACUUUCCUACCAGUUUCCAAUGCUUGCUUUGAGUAUCAUCAUGUAGGUCCUUUCACUGGUGAAUGGUAAAUCUUCUUUUACUGUUUCCUAGGUUUAUUGUGAUCAUUACUGAGAGUUUGGUUCAGUCAGCUUUAAACAGACAAGUUCUUAGCCCUAUCUUCUGCUUUAGCCUUGUGCCUAGAACCCAGAGAAAUACGGAUUAUCUUCAUACCAUUUCAUAUCAGACAAAAGAUAACAUUUCUCCUACUUUAAACCAAUCUGGUAUUACCCCUCACAUCAGUCUUCCAUUACGCAUAUCAACAAUAACUCCUAUGCUCUUAAUCUCUGCUCCUCACAAAAAUAGGAUUGGAUAUCUACUGGAGAACGGGGAAGGCUGCAGAACUGCCAGUGUCUUUCCAAAGACUGAGACUCUGCAUCCAGUUCUCCAGACUUUUGGGUUUAUCACUCUGUUUCAUACUGCUUCUUUUGUUGCAAAGUCCAGCAAAUACUCAGCAGUUUCUUUACAAGGCACCACUAUUUUUACUGAUUUUUUCUGAUUGUGUACUCGAUCAAAGAACAUUAUCAUCACGCCAUUAUUCCUCUCUAUAACCUAAAUUCAACAACACAAAAUGGCUCUAAAUAUACCAGGCUUAGUAUCUGUGAGUGUAUUUUUUACGUUAACUUUAGCUACUGGAAUUUGGGCUUCUUGGAAAAGCAGAAAGGAUCAGCAGAACAGGAACCCAACAGAGAUGGCCAUGGUUGGAGGCAGGAAUAUAAAUGUUUUCCUUGGAUUGUUUACUGCAACAGCCACCUGGGUUGGAGGAGCAUAUAUCGAGAGCACAGCUGAAAUCGUCUACCUGCCUUCAAAAGGAUUAUUGUGGGUCCAGGCACCUCUGGGAUUUGCCUUGUCCCUUGCUAUUGGUGGUUUCUUCUUUGUAAAUCCAAUGAGAUCCAAGAAUUACAUGACAGUGAUGGACCCCCUUCAAGAAACUUAUGGGAACAUGAUGGGAACCUUACUCUUCAUUCCGCCACUGCUAGGAGAGGUGUUCUGGUUUGCAGCUAUCCUGGCAUCCCUGGGAGCAACAAUGAGGGUCAUCUUGGAUAUUGGAGGCUCUUUGGCUAUCACCAUCUCGGCAUGCACUGUCAUACUUUACACUCUACAGGGAGGCCUCUACUCCGUUGCCUACACUGAUGUCAUCCAGAUGGUUUUCAUUACCCUCAGCCUGGCAAGUCCUGUGCAUUUCUUUGUUACCAGUUUUCUAACUAAAGGGAAAAAUCCUGCUCUUAUUUUUGGCAUGUCUCAGACCAAAAUCAACUUCCUUCACCUACAGGUCCUCUUUAGGAGAACAGGUUUCCUGAAAAAUGUUACAGUCUUUAUAAGUCUUUGUACCUUAUGCAUUUCAGACUGUGCUCACACAAGCCAUUGGCCUUGCUGGGUGAACACAGAAAGGUCUGCACAAAAGUGGAUCUGUAUCCCCUUUGCCCUGGUGAAUUCUGCAACGGAAAGUAUUUAUUACACUGCAACCCAUCAAUCUUACCAAGACCCUUGGAUUGGGAAGAUAGAAAAACACUAUCUUGGAAGAUGGCUGGAUGACUUCUUCUACUUGGUGCUUGGGAGCAUCCCGUGGCAGACUUACUUCCAAAGGGUGCUCUCUGCUGCCUCGACAGGACAGGCAAGGCUCAUCUCCUACCUCUCUGGACUCGGGUGCUUUGCAAUGGCCAUCCCCUCGGUGCUCAUCGGGGCAGUUGCAGCAUCAACAGACUGGAAUCAGACAAGCUAUGGUCUUCCCAGUCCAUUCGAGAGAGGGGAGUCAGCAAUGAUACUGCCACUUGUUUUGCAACAUCUCUGCCCAGCGUAUAUCUCCAUUACUGGUUUGGGGGCCAUUGCUGCUGCUGCGAUGUCUUCUGCAGAUUCAGCUCUUCUCUCCACUGGCUCCAUGUUUGCUCACAAUAUCUACAGGAAAAUCCUGAGGAAAAAGGCUUCAGAGACAGAGGUGUUGUGGGCCAUGAGGACCUCCAUGUUGGUGUUUGGGGCUGGGGCUGCUGGUCUGGCUUUUUACUCCAGCUCUGUGUAUGACCUCUGGUUCCUCAGUGGGGAGCUGGUGUACGCCCUUCUCUUCCCCCAGCUCUGCUGUGCCCUCUUUGCUCCCAGCACGAACACCUAUGGAUCAGCUGCUGGCUUCUUGGUUGGGCUCCUGCUGCGGCUACUGGCAGGGGAGCCUGCCCUGAGCAUCCCCCCAGUCAUCCUCUACCCAGCCUGCUCCCUGGUGAACGGGACCUACAGCCAGCUCUUCCCCUUUAAAACAUUCACCGUGCUUCUCACCGUGGGCACCAUCCUUGCCGUUUCAUACCUGGCCAAGGCUUUGUUUCAGAGAAACCUCCUCCCUCGCAGCUGGGAUGUUUGCAAUAUCAUGGGGGGAACGAGCAUUCUCAUCCCCUUGCAGCAGGUGGAGAAACAGGAGUGUUUCCCAACCACUGCACUAGAAGAGAAACACAAUUAAAUGUGGGGCUUCAUUUGAAAGGCUGUGAUGAAUUCAGCAGUUAGAGUAUGGCACAGACAGCAUCACUCUCCCCUUUGCUUUCUCCACUAAUGAUUUAUUUAAAGUCCUCACUGAGAAAUAAAGAGGCGUUCUCUUCAUCCAAGGAGAAUAUGUGAGUUUGAAUUCAGCAGUGAUUAAAGUCACAUGGUGGUGGAGUACAAUCUUGUGGUGAGGACCACGGGACACCUUGGGCCCCAGCAGUGGUUGCUUCAAGGUGCCCCUGGUAUUCCACCAGAAAGCAAAGCUAUAGUUCUGCUCCAACACUUAGGGUGCUCCCAAGUCACAUACUUUUCUCACCACAAAGAAGACAACUUAAUGUCUGAUAGAUUGGGUAUUCUUGAUUAAAAAAAAAAAAAAACCAAACUGGUGAGCAGACCUGUUUCCAUUACACAGCAAGGGGUUUAGCAUAAUCAUCCCUGGAAAGCACAUCACACCUCUAAAAACACAAAUGAAUGAAAGCAGUGCAACUGCCACAGCAGUCCAGAAGUAAUAUCAGUUCUGCACCAUUCCUUGUAUACUUUACAAAGCUCUCCUUCAUACUGCAGAAUUUUUUCCACGUGUCUCUACCCACUGCAGUAUCUGCCAGUGGAUCCCUCAGCCUGGGAAUGUGUGAGACAUCCCCUCUAUAUGAUCUGGUAGGGCAGCAGCAGGUAAGCAAGAUAAAGCAACAGCCCUUAACUAUUCAAUAAGAAAGAUUUACAUAGCCACCAUUUACAAAAACUUAACCAGAUAGAAGAACAGAGGUGCCAGAGAGACUAUUGGGUGAAUUUUGUCUAAAACCUGGUAAAUCAUUUGUGUCAAAGUUUUACCCUAGCAGAGCAACAGGAUGCUAUGUGACAUACACAAACUGGUGUGUGAGAACUCAGAGGACUGUGAUGACAGAAGGGUGCUGGAAACUGAUCCUAAACUUUCCUGCAGGGACACAAAAUCCUAAAAUCCUGAAGGCAAGAUCCCAAAAGAUUCAAGUUACAGAUGAGUACAGAAGAGCCCCCAAUACCUUGUUUGCAUAAAUUCUUAAUGGCUUGGAAGACAAGAAACCCAGCUAAAUAGUGAUUUUGGCCUCUAGCCUGAAGUCUGAUGGACUGAGAACAUCCCCCAGUGAGAUGGAUCAUUCAGAUGUGAGCUGAAUUGAAGAUUCAGGAGGACUCUGUAGUAAUGGCUCACAGAUGGCUGACAUUCCCUCAGCAGCUGUGCAGCAUCUUACCAGGGGUCAGUUGCAAUCCACCCACAACAGCCAGCAGGAACCACAUUCACAGUACCUUUCCAAAGUUAUUGUGGGAGCUGCUGUGAGUGGAAACACCUGGCGCUGUUGAAAGGAAGAUAUUUACUAGCAUAACCAAAAUACCCCGCAGCAGAGCAACUCUCACAGCCAAGUGAGCUGCUGAGGUGAAAACAAGGUGCUGAUCUAUGAUUUACUUCCAGCAUGUGCAUGCACAAGGUGAGAAGCUCUGCUGGUGCCACCAUGCAUUUCUGCAGCAAGCUGAGCAAGGAGCCACAAGACUCUGAAUUGUACCAAGGCACCUGCCGUGGCUCAGGAGGAGGUCUGUCAGCCCUGCACUCUAGAUACGGCUUUGAUGACUCUGCUCCCUGUGGGGAUCAUUCAUCUCUUUUACAACAUCUAUCCUCAGCAAGGUGGAGAUUCUGCUCCUCAUCAGAAAAAUAGCACAUAACCUUAUGUUUUGUGCUAGUGUUAGUGAACACCUGGGCACACUAACCUUCCUAUGCACAGCAGUCCUGUUGAUAUACUUUGUUAAACCAAGACUGGAAAUUGUCUCCCAUGUCUCGGAGAUUGCCAUGAAAUAUUAAUUAUAAUGUGUCUAGAAAAGGGAAAGAAACUGGUUUAAAAAUCAAAAGCGUUGCCAUUGACUAUGGUCCCAGGCAGUCACCCACUGGAGUCUUUCACACAGCAGUGAUUGAGUGGGAGCAUGUGAGGUCGUGCUUAGCCAAGGGAGGCACCAAAGCUAUCAUUACCUCAGCGCCAGGAGAACAGGGCUCUCGUUAAAUCACAGCUGCUGUAUGCUGAUUCAAGCAUACAGAGAGAUUUAGGGGUGACCUAGUUUGAGGACCUGUCCAUCCCACUAUGUGGAGCAGGAGCAGACCAAGCUGACAUGCUUCACUUGAUCCAGGGCACAGACCUGCUGCACGACCCAGAGACCCAAAGUUUGACAUUAAAGCCUUUCUGUGCUAACAGGCUUGGCAUGGCUGGCAAUAGAUCCACAGCUUCCUGAGAGAGCAGCAAAGGACACUGCUGAAGAGCGUCACCACCACCACCGUGUUACCACCCAGCGUCACCACAGAAACUCACAGCAACUUCAAACACGAGAAUCUUACUGCUGUCAGGGGUACCUGGCAUACUCAGCCAUACUUGGCCCUUGCAAAGCUUCCCUAAAUUUCAUACCACUAAAAGCGCUCCGCUUUGUGUGAAGAGAGGAAAAUGGCAAAGACACAAUUACUGUAACUCUCAUGAAUGUUUACCAUUUUCCAUCCUUAUAUGACUCUCUCCUCAGAACAUCCCCCAGCAAACUUAGAAAGAAAACAUUCAUCAAGGUCGGACAAAGUUUUGGAAGCAAUUAGCUGCAAGUAAAAUAAAUAUAAAAGUAAUUCUGUCCUCUA